UAUAGCGGUCAAUACCGGCAAAUAAAAAUCGACGAAAAUACUCCUUAACAAACUCCAUUAACAAAGAAAAGGAACUUCAGCAUUUGCAGAAACAUAGAGGGAAUAGAAAUGGCGGGAGUUUCAGUUCAAUUCAACCCUAACCCUAGCCUGAAUUUCAAACUCCAAUUUCGCAGUUCAUUCAAUCAAAGAAAGCAGCUGUUUUCAAUUUCGCCGCCGACGAGAAAAAUUAGAGGCAGAAAUGGAGGUAACUUGGGGAUGGGUGCGGUGUGUGCGACGCAUAAUUUUGACGUGGUGGUGGUGGGAGCUGGAAUUAUUGGAUUGAUCAUAGCCAGAGAUCUACUUCUCCGGUCUAAUCUAUCUGUCGCCGUCGUAGACGCCGCCGUUCCCUGCUCCGGUGCUACGGGUGCCGGACAGGGCUACUUAUGGAUGGUGCACAAAACACCUGGUACUGAAGUAUGGGAUCUCGCAAUGAGAAGCCGGAAAUUGUGGCAGUUGUUGGCAGAUAAUUUACAGGAUCAAGGCUCUGAUCCCUUGGAAGCAUUGGGCUGGAAAAAAACAGGAAGCUUGUUAAUUGGAAAAACAGAGGCACAAUUAAAUCAAUUAAAGAGCCGGGUGCAGCAACUAUCUAUGGCUGGGAUUAGGGCAGAGUACUUGUCAAACAAUGAUCUAGCUAUUAGGGAACCUGAACUUGCAAUUAACCAGCAAAGUGGUGCUGCCUUUCUGCCGGACGAUUGCCAAUUAGAUGCUCAUCGUACAAUGGCGUUUAUAGAAAAGGAUAACAGGCUCUUUUUAUCCCAAGGCAGAUAUGCGGAGUUCUAUCAUGAUCCAGCUGUAUGUUUCAUAAGAUCGAAUGGAAAAGGAAAGAUUGAUGGUAUCAAAACUCAAAAGAACACAUUAUAUGGCCGAAAGGCCACUAUAAUUGCAGCAGGGUGUUGGACUGGAUCUUUGAUGGACAAGCUACUUCAGAAUUCAGAUAUUGUGCUACAUGUUCCCAUUCAGCCACGGAAGGGUUUUCUGCUGGCCCUAGAGAACUUCAAUAACCUUAGAGUUACGCAUGGUCUUAUGGAAGCUGGCUAUGUUGAUCAUCAAAAAUCCGUCAUAUCUGCAUCAGAUAAGGUUGAUAGUAACGAAGCCUUGUCUAUUUCAAUGACAGUAACAAGAGAUGCAUCUGGGAAUCUUCUUAUUGGAAGUAGCCGACAGUUUGCUGGAUUUAACACUGAAUUGGAUACGUUCAUUGUUGAUCGCAUAUGGGAACGUGCUCAAGAUUUUUUCCCUUCUUUAAAAGAAUUCUCUGUCAAAAACUUGAGUGAACAAAUGAAUGUCAGAAUAGGAUUACGCCCUUACAUGCCUGACGGCAAGCCAGUUAUUGGUCCAGUUCCUGGUAUAACCAAUCUUUUCAUUGCAAGUGGACAUGAAGGAGGAGGACUUAGCAUGGCUUUGGGAACAGCUGAAAUGGUCACUGAUAUGAUCUUGGAUAAUCCUUUGCAACUUGAUUGUAAACCUUUUGCUGUGGAAGGUCGAUGCUGCUAAUCAACAGAAAUGGUAACAUUCACUUCUAAAAUGCAAGGUAUUGAUUAUUUUUGUGGGAAAUCAAGGAGUUCAAGUUGUAGAGUUAUCAGCUUUCACGCGCUUCAACCCUUCAGAAAGAAGUUCAAAGGUUUUUUUUGUUUUGGAUUGAAGAUUACUCAUUCCUCUUGGAAUUACCUUAACCCAAACAAACCCUAACCUAGUACGCUCAUCAGUCCCUGGAUUAUGCAGUGAUGCACUGAUGCCUCAGCUUGCUAGUGGCAUGCACCGAAGUCAUGGUCAACGAGGAUGUGAUUGCUGGUGGUGCAUGCGCAUUUGUUAAACUGUAAAAGUGCCUAGUUGGCUAGUUACUUACCAUUAGUUACUUACCAUGGCACAAAUUCUAUGUCAAUUACUGAGUUUUGUACUUGAUUUCACCUAUGUAUUUGCUGAAAGUAUAGAAACUUUUAGUUCUCAAAACUUCACAAGUGUUGAACUUUUUCUGAAUUUUCUUAAUCGUUUACUAUAUCACUCUCGGAUCAUGUACUAGACUUCAUCACUUUGGAAAUAAGGCAUUGGUUUUGUUGCUCUUGUUA